GGUAUCUUAGCUUGCUCUCUGAAUUGUGAAUUAUUAGCUAAUGCUAGCGACCUGUUUUGCUUUACUUGCCUAGCGUACUUAGACCAAUCAUCUCCUAAUUUGAAGACAAUGCUUCAAUUAUUUAUGUAUAUUUAAUCGCUGUAUACGGAAUGUAAUAUAUCAUGCGGUUCUAGAUGUACGAAAAUGAAUAAUGUGGUUUCCCGCUAGCAAAUAAGCUUGACUGGCUAACUACCAGGUUAGCAUGGACGCUAACGUUAGUUAGCUACGCCUACGAUGAAUAUUUUCAGGCAGAAACUAUCGGACUGGUAAAAAGAGCCCAGAGAAUGCCUGGCUCGCAAGCAGCACACUGACCGAGCGACCAGCCUGAGUGGGAGGAAGGAACCUGAGCACCAUGGCAACACGGAACAGGAACUCGGUCCAGAUCCUGUCGGGCCGCGAGAGGGGUGCCAAGGUGCUGGGUGCGCAGCGCUUUCUACAACAGCUGGUGGAGGAACGAACACGAUGGAUGAAAUGGCAGAGCCAGAAAGUGGAGCUACCUGACAGUCCUCGCUCAACGUUCCUGCUGGCCUUCAGUCCAGACAGGAAGCUGAUGGCGUCGACUCAUGUCAACCACAACAUCUACAUCACAGAGGUGCAGACGGGCCGCUGCCUGCACUCGCUGGUGGGCCACCGCCGCACGCCCUGGUGUGUCACCUUCCACCCCACCAUCCCGGGCCUCGUGGCCUCCGGGUGCCUGGACGGGGAGGUCCGCAUAUGGGACCUGCAUGGUGGGAGCGAGAGCUGGUUCACGGAGAACGAUGUGGCGAUCGCAUCGCUGGCGUUCCACCCCACAGCUCAGCUGCUCCUCAUCGCCACCAAUAACGAGCUGCACUUCUGGGACUGGAGCCGGCCCGAGCCCUUCGCCGUGGUCAAGACCGGCAGCGAGAUGGAGAGGGUCAGGCUCGUCAGGUUUGAUCCUCUCGGUCACAAUCUUCUGACUGCUAUAGUCAACCCAUCCAGCCAACAAAGCGAGGAGGACUCGGAGGCGUCCAUGGACGGUCUGGAGAUGCCGCUGCCCCGUCAGCGCUCGGUUCGCUCGCCACCCGUACGCCGCACCCCCAUCCUGCACAACUUCCUGCACAUGCUCAGUCCGCGCUCGCAGGGCCCGCUGGCGUCGGACGGCUCUCGCCGGGGUUCGGAGGGGCGCGAGCUGCCCUCCAUGCCCCUCUUCCAGUACGCCUCUCGCGGCCCCCCUGGCCCCCCACCGCCCCCGCAGGGCUGCACGCGCCACCUGGAUCCCAUCUGCUACUGCGCACGCUGCGCCGCACAGCCCUACCUGUCCAUCGCGCCCCAGCCCACCCCCUCCUCCCACGCCCCCCAAGGCCAGCCCGCACAGACGGCCCCCGGCACUGGCCCCGCACCCCCAGCCAUGCGCCUCAGCUUCACGCCGCGCUUCACCCUGGAGCCGCCCAUGGGGGGCGCGGGACACCCCUUCCCGACACUGCAGCCGUCGGAGAGACCCUCCGCCUUCAGCAGCGUCCACAGCGCGCCACCCGACCUGCCCCCCGUGCCGCCCGAGCCUUGGGGGCGACAGGAGGAGGGCGACGGGGAGGGCGGGGGCGUAGGGGUCGGAGGAGGGAUGGGUAUGGGGGUAGGGAGGGUGCUGCCCCCCAGGACUAGCUCUUCGUCCGCGUCCCCGGUGCCGGGCCUUCGGCCGGCCGAAGCCUCCUCCUCCUCCAGCGCCCCCAUCUACACGUCGGCCAGCGAGGGCAGGGGCUCGCAGCACGCGCUGGGUGGCGAGGGGGGUGUCGGUGGCGGAGGAGGGGCGUCUCUGAGGCCGGGCCACUCGACCAGCAGCGGGCACCACCCGUUCUACGAGGGCCGCGGCCAGAGCCAGAGCCAGAGCCAGAGCCAGAGCCAGAGCCAGAACCCGGCCAGCAUCCGCAACGUGCUCCAGUGCAACCUCAGCCGCUACUUCAUGGAGUACGAGCGCAUGCAGGACGGGGCUGGGGGCUCCGGGGCCACCGCCAGUCGCGAGGUGGCGGCGGCGGCAGCGGCAGCACAGUUACUAGGCAACAAUAACCAUGGUGCCAUUGGCGAGCCUGCCGGGAGUUCCGGGCUCCACGACGCAGAGAGACCCGGACCCUCGCGCUACCAGCAGCCCUCCGCCUCUGCUGUGCCCCCUCCUCCUCCUCCGCCUCCUCCUCCUCCUCCUCCUCACUCCCCCUCCCGGGUCAACCGCUGCCGCUCCUGCCACAACCUGCUGACGUACAACCAGGACACGCAGCGCUGGGAGAGAUCCAGCCCCUCACCCUCGUCUGGCUCAGCCCCUACCCACGACCACGCCUCCCCCGGACCCUCCUCUUCCUCCUCAGCAGCAGCAGCUGUGGCAGCAGCAGCAGCUGCAUCAUCAUCAACCUCCUCCUCCUCCGUGCCCUGGCAGUUCCCAGCAGUGCCCUCGGUCUCCCAAGACAACCCAGAGGCCGCCCCACAGCCACACACCCACGUCACCUUCGAGGCGGCAGCGGCGGAGGCGGCGGCUCGUCAGGGUGGGGUCCCGCGGGGCCAGGGCGAGGCUCCUUCCCUGGGGCUGCAGUGCCUGGUGUACAGCCAGGACCGCCAUCGGAGCCAGCGCGAGAGAGCCCGGCCCCCCCUGCCCCCUCCCCUGGCCGGCCGCAGGCCCGUGGAGCCGGGACACGUCACCCACGCGCAUACCCACGCCCACGCCCAAGCCCAGGACGCCUUAAGCCAGGAAGUGCCUGUGGAGACACCCGACGAGGACUCGCUACGCAGGCGGCUGCUGGAAUCCUCCAUCAUCUCGCUGUCUCGCUACGACAUGACCGGAUCACGGGACCAUCCCAUCUACCCAGACCCAGCUAGGCUCUCUCCCGCUGCCUACUAUGCCCAGCGGAUGAUCCAGUACCUAUCUCGACGCGACAGCAUCCGCCAGCGCAGCCUCCAGAACCGGCUGAGGACGCUCUCCAGCUCCUCCGACAGCCAGGUGCCCAGCCCCUCCGUCGCCAUGGAUACAGGAGAUGUGGACUACGAGGAGCUAGAGGACCCUGGCGACAGGACGAGGCACAGGAUGCCCCGCAACUCCCGAAUGUCGGCGCCGUCUCUGGGCCGCUUCAUCCCACGGCGUUUCCUCUUCCCUGAGUACCUACCGUAUGGGAUCUUCCACGAGCGCAGCCAAGGGGGUGUGGCCACCCACUCCUCCAUCAAUCGCGUGCUUGCAGGGGCCUCCAUAGGAGACGGUCAGUCGGCGGUGGCCAGCAACAUCGCCAGCACCACCUACCGGCUGCAGUGGUGGGACUUCACCAAGUUCGACCUGCCCGAGAUCAGCAACGGCUCCGUGAACGUGCUGGUGCCCCAGUGUAAGAUCUAUAACGAUGCCAGUUGUGACAUCUCUGCGGACGGGCAGCUGUUGGCCGUGUUCAUCCCCAGCAGCCAGAGAGACUUCCCUGACGAGGGGGUACUGGCCGUCUACUCACUAGCACCACACAACCUGGGAGAGAGGCUGUACACCAAGAGGUUUGGUCCCAAUGCCAUCUCGGUCAGCCUGUCUCCAAUGGGUUGCUAUGUGAUGGUGGGUCUGGCGUCCCGCCGGAUCCUGCUGCAUCCCGCCACUGACCACAUGGUGGCGCAAGUGUUCCGCCUACAGCAGCCACACGGGGGAGAGGCCUCCAUCAGGAUGGCGUUCAACGUGGUGUACCCCAUGGGUCCUGACCAGCGGCGGCACGUCAGCAUCAACUCUGCCCGCUGGCUGCCUGAGCCGGGCAUGGGCCUGGCAUACGGUACCAACAAGGGAGACCUCGUCAUCUGCCGACCUGUGGACUACCGCAGUGAUGGGGAAGGACCAGCCGAGCAGGUGUCGGAUUCUGCGUUUUCCCUCAACAACACUCCAGGGACCAGCAGAGGACGGCCAGCUGACAGGCCGGGGUCCAGCAGGGCAAUCCUGCGGCUGGACAGGGACAUGGGCUUAAUGGAUGCCAUCGGCCUGCAGCCGCGUCACCCGGCCACCGUCACCACCUCGGUGACCUCGCAGGGCACGCAGACCGCCACGCCCUCACUGCAGAACGCCCAGACCCAGACGGACCGUGACCCUGCCCAGCCCAGCACCAGCCGAGCCGUGCAGGUGGAGAGUGUGGAGAUCCAGACCCAGAGUGUUCCUCCAUCAUCCUCAUCGCCCAGCAGUAGUAUUGGUGGUGCGGAGGUGGCAUCUUAUAUGACCCUUGACCUCUACCGUACACAGCAGCCACCGGCCUCGCAGGACAGCAGCGCACAGACCAGUAACCCAGGCAGCGGUAGCCACGGUGUGGCGGCGUCUGAAGACUCUGUGGGUGCAGGAGGGACUGCUGGCAGUGCAGCGCAGGACGGCAGCACAGCAGGAACGUCCACAUCCCCAUCGGCCGAGUUCGGGCCGUCGCGGGCCACAGGGGAAUCUCAGACUCCGGGCGGGAGUGGCGGGGGGUCGGGCGAGGACGCGUUGGCGCGGCUGCGGCGUCUGAUGGCGGAGGGUGGCAUGACGGCCGUGGUGCAGCGCGAGCAGAGCACCACCAUGGCCUCCAUGGGUGGCUUUGGCAACGACAUCAUCGUCAGCCACCGCAUACACCGCGGCUCGCAGACCGGCGCCGGGGCCAAUAGUGCCGCCGCCGCUGCUGCUGCUGCCGCUGCCGCUGCCGGUUCCAGUUCUAGUUCCUCUGCUGCUGGUUCUCCAUCGGCCUCUCAUCUUCUCUCAGCUGCUCCGCUCCCACCUCCCUCCCAAACCCGCAUCCAGCUGCUGCAGCGUGCCCUUCCUCCUGCCCACGCCCACGCCCACGCCCACCCCUCUCUGUCUGGCGCCACCCCCUCCCUGCCCUCCUCCGGGCGGCCAUUGAUGUUGGGCCAGAGCGUGGUGGUGGAGCCAGCGGACAUGGAGGAGGUGUUUGAAGAGCGCAACAUGGAGGAUGACGAAGAUGAUGAGGAGGAGGAAGAGGAAGAGGUAGCCCUGCCGCCACACCACAUGUUCAGCUCCAACAACAACAACAACACUAGUGGUGCUGGAGGCCAGUACAGUAGAUAGACUGCCCCCACCUCCCCCCGCCCCCCUCCUAUCCUUACCCUGCCAACCAGGACAGCAGACACCCUACCCCUCACACCAACCAACCCAGCCCCUCGGGCCUAUCAGCUGAUAGCAGGGAUGGGACUUACUGCAGUACCGGGGGGAGGGGGGGUGUUUGCUGGCCCUAGAGGAACCCCAGAUAGUGGCACUUGUGGGUUGAGGGGAGCCCUCAGUCUCCUAUGAGUGUGCGA